CAUGAAGCUGUUGAUAGAGUCUGGAUGCGCACACCUGUAUUACAGAUCUCGGUCUCCACAGGACUCUUCCUUGCUGGUCAGCAAUGUAUCAGCCAGCUGUGGUGAGGGCAAGGAAGAGAGCUUGUUUGGAGCCCUGGGUUAUUGGCCUCAUCACCUUUAUAUCUCUGAUUGUGCUGGCAGUGUGCAUUGGACUCAUUGUUCAUUAUGUGAGAUACAAUCACAGGAAGACCUACAAUUACUAUAGCACAUUGCCAUUUACAAGUAACAAACUAUAUGAUAACUUUGGAAAAGAGGCUUCUAAAAAUUUCACAGAAAUGAGCCAGAAAAUUGAAUUAAUGGUGAAAAAUGUCUUUCAUAAAUCUUCAUUGAGGGGAGAUUUUGUCAAGUGUCAGAUUAUCAAGUUCAGUCAAGAGGAACAUGGAGUGUUGGCUCAUAUGCUGCUGAUUUUUAGAUUUCGCUCUACUGAGGAUCCUGAAACCAUAAAUAAAAAUAUUCAACGUGUUCUACACAAAAAGCUGCGAGAUGCUGUAGGACCCCCUAAAUUACACCCUGAAUCAGUUGAAAUAAAAAAAAUCAACAAGACAGAAACAGACAACUUUCUGAACAAUUGCUGUGGGACACGAAGGAGUAAAACUACAGGACAGGGUCUCAGGAUCGUUGGUGGGACAGAGGUUGAAGAGGGUGAAUGGCCGUGGCAAGCUAGCCUGCAAUGGGAUGGGAUCCAUCGCUGUGGAGCAACUUUAAUUAAUGACACAUGGCUUACGGGUGCUGCUCACUGCUUUAGAACCUAUAAGGACCCAGCCAGAUGGACUGCUUCCUUUGGAGUUACAAUAAAGCCUCCAAAAAUGCAACGAGGCCUCCGGAGGAUAAUUGUCCAUGAAAAAUACAAAUAUCCAUCACACGACUAUGACAUUGCAGUUGCAGAGCUUUCUAGCCCUGUUCCCUACACAAAUGCAGUACACAGAAUUUGUCUCCCUGAUGCGUCCCAUGAGUUCAAACCAGGUGAUGAGAUGUUUGUGACAGGAUUUGGAGCACUGCAAAGUGAUGGUAACACUCAAAAUCAUCUUCAGCAAGUACAGGUGGAUCUUAUAGACACUAAAACCUGUAACAAACCUCAAGCUUACAAUAAUGCCAUAACUCCUAGAAUGCUAUGUGCUGGCUCCUUGCAAGGAAAAAGAGAUGCAUGCCAGGGUGACUCUGGAGGACCACUGGUUAGUCCAGAUGCUAGAGAUAUCUGGUACCUUGCUGGAAUAGUGAGCUGGGGAGAUGAAUGCGGGCAACCCAAUAAGCCCGGUGUUUAUACCAGAGUGACUGCUUUCCGGGACUGGAUCGCUUCCAAAACUGGUGUCUAAGAGAGAAAAAUCCAGUAGAAUGGAAUGCAUUUUUGUGCAUAGGCCAUUCUUAGAGAUAGAAUUACAGCAGAAGCCUUGCAGGUCACCUGGAUCUGACCGAUCUAACUAAACUGUCUACUUGAUGCAUAUACUUCCUUUCUAGCUCUGCUUCACACUGAGUAUCCUGCUGCUGCCAGAUGGAUUCUGUCCCAAUUUGCAUUUCUUUGUUUUAUAGAAGUUUUCUGUCAUCAAAAUUUUGGCUUGUUGACGUAAAUUUCUCAUGCAUAAAUACAAUUUGAAGUGACCCCUUCUUCGUUUCCCCAGCUUCUCUCAUCUCAGUAGAUUUCUAUUUUCAAGGUACAGGACAAAGAGUGAAAGGAAAU